AUGGCUUCAGACGACUUUCUAACUUGGUGCGAUGACCUCCACCAGGUCAAGGGUAAUAUUUCACAACUCCAGGCUACGCUUAACCAUGUGUUAAACAAAGCACCUAGUGUCGCACAGUAUAAGCACUUGGAUAAAGUGUAUUCUCAGGGAGCCGCUGAGGCCGACCAGCCGCUCAUGGAGAAGCUCCACACCUCGCUUCAAUCUCCACAGGUAAAAGUUGCCGUGAGGAUCAAAAGUCUCUUUGACCGGGGCUACUUGCCGUUCUUGAAGACAUUGACCAAAAUCAACUUUAAAUCACCUAAAGUGGACCGAUAUGUGGGCUACUUGUUGGACUACCAGCCAUCACGAAAGGAUAUUAAGGCCAUAGGGCCUGAAGAUCCUCCAAAGAAACAUGACAAAAGUGCUGUAGGAGACGACCAUGCUCCUUACCCUCCAUCAUUGCCACCAUUGGAAAACUCGCUGUUGCUUCGAUUGGUUCUCACGGAUAAAUCAUUAAGGCAACCGUCUGAUUAUUUAGAGCUGGAGACUGAUGACGGUCAUCAUGACUUCAACAACAACCACAAUCGCAAGUUGGCACUUCAUGGUGCAAGAUUGCUUGAUAUGGCCCUUUUAGAUGUUCUUGACGAAACUUUCCCAAAGGCUCACGAGGACGAUCUUGAGUACUUAAGGUACAAGCUCACCAAUGGUCACCUUUUGGCCAACUUGUCAUACUGCUACAACUUUCCGGAAUCUGUCAUGCAUAACGUAUCAAAGGAAUUGACCAGCAAGGAGAAAUUAUCCAUCUUCAAGAAUGUUUUUUUGGCUUAUUUGGGCGCCAUGUCCAAAAGCGACUACUCGUAUGACGAAAUUAAAAUGUGGGUUGGAAAACUAUAUGGCCCGGUCAUUUCUCGCUUGCAUGAGGAGAGCUCCCAACAAGGAAAACUCAGGGAUCCGUAUGAAAUUGCAAAUGCGGAGUUUAGAUUCUUGGUUGAUCGAGACUCUGGGUUCUUGAGCUCAGGAAGAAAAAAGAUCAAUUACGAGUUCGAAUUCAAUUCCGAAGAGAGUCCAUUAACGUGUCAACUAAGUGUAGGCGACAUUAAGUUGGGUAUCGGAAUCGGUGUCUCAUAUGUUGAAGCCAAGAAGAAAGCUAUGUUCGCUACUUUCGAAGACAAGGAAUUACGUACGAAGUUCUUCGAGUAUUUGCUUGAACACUAUGCAAGUGGUGAGAGUAAAGAGAAUAACAAACCUGAAACGACCACGCAACAAAAUCUUGCUGAGGGUGGAGAUGACAUGCAAGACGACAACGAGGACAACGAAGAUCAAGAAAUUGAAAUAGCCUACAACGAACAAUCCACUCAAUCCAAUGCUGAUGAUCCAGAGGAAUCUGAUGAUGAGGCUUAUUCCCCGGUACUUAAUGGAGAAGAUGGUAUUGACUCGGCGCCAGAAGUUACACAACCGCCUUCCACAUCUACUGAAGCAUUAGCCGGCUUCGAAACUGCUUCAAGUACCACUUUUGCACCAACUGCACCAACUGCACCAACUACUGCUGCCACUACUGCAACCACCACAGCACCUACAACGACUUCAGUAUCAUCAACUUCGACAUCCGCAUCUCCGUCCACCGCACCAACGGCUCCGACCCCUAGUCCUUCCUCCGAAUCCUACGCACGCAUGCCCUUGCCCUACGGAGUAUUACCACCAAUUCCCAACUUAAAAAAACGGGGCCCCAGAAGAUAA